CCACCGCAGAACGGAACGUCAUGGCCAAACACCCGUCAACCAAAGUCGAUGCCAGGCAAGCAAUGCAUACACCGAACAACCCAUCACAUCAGACCAAGAAGCGCCCACCAGUGCUACGGUACCGCAAGAAAAUCAUGGAUCCGACGCCGGAGCCACAGCAAAACCGCGACAACCAGCUCGAGGACUUGGACGACACGGCAUCGUCUACACACGACAACCAGAGUUCUCAUGAAUCGAGUCCCGUCAAAGUUCACCCGAUACCGCAACCUACGUCGACUGUGUAUGUAGUGAACGUUCAGGACUUUUUGUUUCACCCGCGGCAUAUCGUGAUCGAGCAACACAGCACAAUUCGCUGGAGAAUCCCCACCAACUCCACGACAGUGCACUCGAUCGCGAUCGACAAUGUGACCAAGAAAAAGGGGACGGGGCGCACUUUGUGCCGCGGUACACCGACCUUUGAGCACACGUUCGACACGUUGGGUUCCGUCCGGUACUCGUGCUCGUUGUACUCGUUUAUGGCGGGCACGGUCACGGUCGUUGCGUCGAUGACACCCGAACAAAUAUCGCAGAACGUUGUGUUCCUGGACUACCCGUCGCAUCAGGUCAAGAAAUCGCCAUCCAAAGCACCAUCCCCGACAAUCUUCCCCUUCCACAAGCAACUUGUCAUGUGGCGAGAAAAGCAGCCCAAGUCCCAGGUAUCGAUGGAAGACGAAGACACAUUUGCGCACCAAUCGCGACAACGGAUUAAGAAAGCAGCUGCAGUCAAGGUCCCGUCGCCAUCGGUUUCUGUUGACUCUUCGCCACAUCUGUCCAUUGCCGCCGUCCCCAUUCCGUCUCGUCCAUCGAGACGUAGCAACGCGCUGUACGUCUCGCCAUUGUCCCGGUCGUCGUCCGUCGCCUCUGGCCACUCCCAUCACGUCGUCCACAUUCAAAACUUUGAGUUUUCCGCGCUCGAGAACGUCACUGUGGGCGACUCGGUAGCAUGGAAGGUCAGCACUGAAAACCCUGGCAUGGUCGAGCACGCUCUCAAGAUGCGCGUGAUGGACCCAAGUAACACAAUUGUGCAGACCACGACAUCGCCACCACUCAAGCCAGGGGACAGUUGGGAGUUCACCCUCUUGCAACCCUGCAAAUUAUUCGUCGAGUGCGUUGUGUACGACUUGAAAAGCCCGACCAUCGUCGUGGAGCCGUCUGUCCCCGCGACCGAGCGACCCAACGACAACGUGAUUUUGAUCGGCGAUGUGGCGUGUCCUGUGGCAAGAGAGUCACUGGCACGUGGGAAGACAUUUGCGACGUGCGAAGUGAACGAACCAUCGCCCGACAGCGCUGACAGCAUCCUCCAUCUCCUGCACAUGUCGACGUUGAAGCAACAGGCGAUGCGAUCGAGUUACGUUGUCGAGCACGGCCGAGGCAUUCCUGGCUUUGACGCCGCUGCCACAUACGAUCUCCUCAAACAGCGAUCGCACCGCGCGAAACAACAGCCACGCGUUGUCUAUGCAUGUAGUCGCCACACGGUGUAAAAAUGUUUUUCCAUGCCGAUGUUGUCGCAUCUGCGCUUCUGUCGUAGCCACAAUUUUCACUUGUGGGAAACGUUGCCGUACACGGCCAGCGCCACCAUCUCGGAAUGCUGUGCGCGCUUGCUCUAGAGUGCUCCUUUGACGUGCCAGAGAAGUGCCAAGGACGUCUGUGUGAUUGGAGGCGCGCAGGGACCCAGUGCACCGCCCACGAAAUCGCAGUGAUGCGAGCGUCCCAAUUGUUGGGUGCGCGGCGAUCACGGUCAAGCGGCAGGUCUCGUCGACAUCGCAGUUGAUGCCACAGACAAAUUGCCAAAGCCAAUCGUUUCCACUCGAAACAAGACAGCUCCAUUUCGGGACCGCGAGCGCGCGCUG